AUUCAAAUGAUUUAUUUUAACAUGGUUAAUUUUACAAUUGAUACUGUUUUGAAGGCUAAUGAAGUUGGAGAAGAAGUGAAUUUCUGGGCUGAAAAGGAGACAAAAGGGCUUAUUAAAAAUCUUCUUCCACCUGGCUCAGUUAACAGCUUAACCCGCCUCAUCUUUGCUAAUGCACUAUAUUUCAAAGGAGUGUGGAAACAACAGUUCGAUACUACAAAAACGAAGGACUAUGAUUUUGACCUUCUCAAUGGCAAGUCAGUAAAGGUUCCAUUUAUGACCAGCAAGAAUGAUCAGUUUAUCAGUUCGUUAGAUGGUUUUAAAGUCCUUGGUCUUCCUUAUAAACAAGGCAAAGAUGAACGUGCAUUCUCUAUUUACUUUUUUCUUCCUGACAAAAAAGAUGGGUUGUCAAAUUUGAUUGAUAAAGUAGCUUCUGAUUCUGAGUUUUUGGAACGGAAUCUUCCUCGUAGAAAAGUGGAAGUAGGCAAGUUCAGGAUUCCAAGAUUCAAUAUUUCUUUUGAGAUUGAAGCUUCUGAGUUACUAAAGAAAUUAGGAUUGGCUUUACCUUUUACUCUGGGAGGUUUGACAAAAAUGGUGGACUCUCCUAUAAGUCAAGAACUUUAUGUUUCCGGCAUAUUUCAGAAGUCUUUCAUUGAAGUAAAUGAAGAAGGUACGAAAGCUGCAGCGGUGACCGUUAGCUUCAUAUCCUCGCGUUCUCGGUAUAGUCCCCCUCCGCCCCCUCCAAUCGACUUUGUAGCUGACCACCCUUUUUUAUUUCUGAUCAGAGAAGAGUUUAGUGGAACCAUACUCUUUGUUGGAAAGGUGGUCAAUCCUCUUGAUGGUUAAUUGUUGAAUUCCA